AUGAAGCCCGGCUACUACCACGCCACCUUCACCCCGGCGCCGGUGCUGCUGGUGCCGCUGGCGCCGCUGGCACCGCUGAUCGUGUCCGACCAGCUGUACCUGGGGCUGGAGGUCGCCGACAGCCGCUACUGCCCUACCAGAGGCAGCUCGGUGUCGGAGCAGCCUAAGCUUGGCCAGCCGCUCACCAGUGCCGUCGCCACCACCAUCGCGGCGGCGCUGCCGAUCUCGCACCCGCCGCUGGUGUCGCCGUACGACACCGGCGCCGUCGACGACCAGCCGUGGACCGACCGGGAGUUGGCGAAAUACGACUUGCCCCGGUGGUCCCAGAUGGACGUCGUGCUCAAAUUGUUCUAUAAACACAUCCACCCCAACCACAUGGUGUUGCCUGACCGCAAGCUGUUCGUGCGCCGGCUAUCGUUGAACGUCGACGCCGCCGUUCUCCACAGCAUCAUACUCAACGUGUGCUUGAUCGAGGACCCGAUGUUCCCCAACGUCGGCAUCAAGGCCGACGAGUGCUACUGGUUCAGCUUGGUCGACAAGCACUGGGAAAACCUCAAUUAUCUCUCGGUGCUCUUGUGCUCGACGCUCUUGUGCAAGAGUACCUACGUGCGCUACAACCUCCCCAAGCUCAAUUUCUACAAUAAAUUAAUGUGGGGGAUCAUCGACCGCAACAAGUGCAUGGAGAUCUUCAACCUGGAGAACUACGUCAAGCUGGAGCAUGUCACUAAGAGGCAGGUGUACGAGCGCGAGUUGCUUCUCCGCCUCGUGUGGCUGUUCUACAUCAACAACCUAGUGCUUCUACGGCUCUCACGCGGGUUUCCCUACGAUCGCUUGGGUAAUAUCUUGGACGACGAAGAGCUGAAACGGUUUGAGCUGACCAAACUCUACAACCAGUUGAUCGUGCCGCUUUCGAUCUCGGAGUUCUGGGAGUCCCAGUGGGUGCUUACUCGCCACGACCCCCGGAUUAAGGAGUUGGCCCACGUCAGCGAAAAUUGCUGCAUGGUCCUUUGUGCCCGGGUAUUGGAGAAUGUGCUUGACGGCAUCGUUAAGGACAAUUUAGUCGAUGACGAGUCCACUCAAUUGGACCCCGACAUCCAGCAUCUGAUCGACACCAAGUACAUGGUGAUCAACCACGAGGAGCGGCUUUUGUGCUUCCACCUGUUCAUGUUCAACAACAAGCUCAUCCUGCUGGCGGCGGCGCUCUUGAAGUUCCUGUACUUCAUGCACGACAUCAUGCUGUUCAAGUUGUUUAAACGGGACUUCAUCAAACAGGACGGCACCGACACCACCACCAAUGCCAGCGGCGGCAACUCCCAGUUCUUGCCGCUUGUGGCCGACGUGCUGGUGACGAACAUGUGUGACUUUGAGGAGUACCCCAAGAUCAUCUCCAAUUUCACCGUUGACCAGUGGAGAAACUUCGUCAAAUUGUUCAUCGCUGCCUUCGAUUUCAGCCAGCUCAUGGACCCUUACGUCGCCGCGGGCCAGGUGGCCAGCAACGAAAGCUACGACAUCACGUUUGGCCCCACCGUCAUCGACGACUCCAAGUACGCCAAGUGGUACCAGAACCCCAAAUUGCGCCUGAAGUCGUCCGCCGGCUGGAGCCGCUACGGCGACGCCGCCCUCGAAGUGCUGGGGAUUAAUCUCAUCGUGCUUGCCCUGUUGGCAGUGUUGACCAAAUACAUUCAGAUAUUACCUGAACCCACUGGAGCCUUAAAAGUCCACUUAGUGGCUACUAAUGAAACCAAGACGAUCCCAGAGGUGCAGGCGCCUCUGUGCUUAGUCGACGAUGCCAAAUUGGACAACAUUGAAAGCAAGAUCAGAUCACACCAGGACUUCAUCAAGUCGCGGAUCCGGUCGUCGCUGGGACCAUUAUACCUAAACACUCUUGCCAAACUCGACCGGAUCAAAAACUACUUGGACGAGAUUUUGCAGUCGAUCCGCACUGAACCCAGCAACACUGGGUUGUCGGGGACGAACCCAUGA